AUGAACGGCGAUGAGAUAGCUCAACCAGAUGGACGUCACGAUGUGGCCGCGGCCGAGAGCGCCCUGGAGCAUCGCGAGUGUGAUGCACGGGAGCAGGGCUUAGGCUGGGAGGAAGCCGAGGAGUGCUGCGUGGCAACAGAGGGAUCAGAAGGAGUGGUGCGGGACAGGCGGAUGGAGGCUGGCAGUGGCGGCACGACGCCGUCAAUCUCCAUGGGUGAUGCCGCCGGGUGCUUCAUACCACACACUGAUGGCGGCGCUUUUGCUGAGAGUGAAGCUUACCAGGAUGGUGACGGCGGUGCAACAGAAGCCGGAAAAGCGAAUCGGGAGAAUGGCGUGGAAGAGGAUCUUACAGCGGGAAUCGUGGACUCUAUCCGUGGCAUCGCCUUCUCGCCUCUUCAUCCCGUCCCGUCACCUUCCGCGCGUCACGACAGCCCUGACGGCCUCCGCCUCCCCGCUGCCCCAUCACGCCCGGGGGAAGACGCGGAAGCAUGCGAGUGGGUUGUGCGCGCGGACGACAGCGGGCUCGCGGUGUCGUCCAGCAACGACGAGAUGAGUGCGCGCAUGGAGCGCGGGGCGGCGCUGCAGGAGCGGUACAUGGACAUGGCGAUGCUGGCGGACAUGGAGGAGGUGCUCGUGCUCGAUGGGGGGGACGGCGCCGCGCCUCCCGCGCACGCGGGGCGGGGAAGGGGCAGGACGGCACAGAGGCCGUUCAGGGUGGCGGAUGGGCGCACUGGGCACGAAGGGGCGGGGGGGGGAGGAGGGGCAGCAGGGGAGGCGGUGCUGGCGGAGGGGGAGCACGUGGCGCGCGUGGACGUGGUGGGGUCGCGGCUGGUGCAGGGCGAGGUGUCGCUGGGCGACCGCCUGGUGGGCGUGCGCAGCCACGCCGUGUACCGCAUGCGCGUGCGCGUGCGCGGGGGGCGCGAGUGGCAGGUGGAGCGGCGGUUCCGCGAGCUGGUGGAGCUGCAGCAGCACAUGCGCGCGCUGCUCGACGGCGACGCCAUGCUCGCGUUGCCCUACUCGCCCCUCGCGCACUCCCACGCCCUCUCGCCCCCCAUCCCGCGCGCACCCCACCCUCACUCCCCAGCGCCGCCGUCCCCUGUGGCCGUGGCGUGGCAUGCGGUGCGCGAGGAGGCGGGUCGCUUCCUGGGCGGCGCCAGUGCGUCCGCCGUCCUCCGCCGCUCUCACCUCCUGCAGUCCGCGCUCUCUGCCCUCCUCGCGGCAGGCCCCCCCCUCUCCACUGCGCCGCCCCUCCUCUCCUUCCUCGCGCACCCCAUCAUGCAGCACACCCCCUGGGCCGCCCUCGCGUCCGCCCCGUCCCCCGAUGCUCCCCCAGGCGCAUGGGCGCCUCCCCCUCUGCUGGGAGGGGGGCGGGCGGGCACAUGGUUGGGCGGAGGGCUGUCCGCGUGGCUGCCCCCCGCACUGCCAGGUGUGCCUUCCACCCCGCCCACACGGAGGCAGGGCAAUGGGGACGCGAUGCCACUGAUGCGCCUGGGAGGGGGGGAGAUGGAGGAGGAGAGUGGGGACGGGGGGCGCAGGGAUGGGGCGGAGGGCGAGGGGGGAAGCGAGGGCGCGGAUUUGGCAGCAGUGGCGGGGCUGACGGGGGACAGAGGGGGGGAGAUGGUGAGGCGGGGGGGAGGCGGGGGGCUGAUGGUGCGGCUGAGUGUGGAGGUGGUGAAAGAUGACGACGCCAGUGUGCAGCGCCAGAUGCUGCUGCAGCGCCACUGCUGUGCUGCCUGCAGGAGGCCACUCCUCCCUGACACGCAUGCUGCGCGCUCCUCUGCGUCCGCCCUGCUCUUUUUCCAGCCGCUGCCAGCGCUGGCCCCCCCAGUGGCGGCGCCGCGGCUGUGCCACUACACGGGGCGCAUCUUCUGCGGUGCCUGCCAGGGCAGCGACCGCUGUGCGCUGCCGGGCCUUGUGCUGCGCGCCUGGUGCUUCGACGAGCGCCCCGUGUGCCAGCUCGCCAAGGCGUACCUCGACUCCACUCACGACCAGCCGUUGCUAUGCCUGAGUGCAGUGAACCCGCUGCUGCCACGGCGCGUGCCGCUACUGGCGCACAUCCAGCGCCUGAGGGCGCACCUGGCCGUGCUGCAUGCUGCCAUGGGCGCCGCGUGCCCGCUGCGCCGCCACCUGCUGUCGCGCCUGGGGCGCAGGGCGUACCUGGUGCAGCGUGAGACAGAGGGCUUCUUUGCCAUGCGCGACCUCGUGGACGCCUCCAAAGGCAGAUUCGCUGUGCUGCCGGACAUGCUGGCGCGCCUCGCAUCAUCUCUGCGGCGCCACAUGGCAUCGGGGUGCAUAGAGUGCGCUGCAGCCGCCACCACGCACUGCACCGCGCAAACCACCUGCUGCAGUCCCUUCGGGCCCCUCAUCUUCCCCUACGAGGUGCCAUCCACGUCCCGCUGCCAGCACUGCUCUGCCGCCUACCACUCCUGCUGCCUGCGCCGCACGCGCCUCUGCCUGCUCUGUGCCAAGCCCAUCCAGCCCUCUGAGACACCACGCACCGCUGCCUCCGCUCCCCUGGUUGCGCCCUCACCGCCCACUGCUAGCACUGUGGUGGGAUCAGGUGCAGUGGGCAGCAGCAGCCACGAGCACGAGGAAGCAAGUGGCAAGGAGAAACGGGAAGGAGAGACGAAUGGGCAGGGUGGAGCUGGGGGGUUGAGAAAGUGGGGGUUAGGGCACUGGGCUGCUAGGAGCUCUUGUUCUGGAACAAUCUGCUCUUCCAGUCCCACGCCUGCCGCUGCUCCCUCACCGUGCACCUACACAACUCGAGGCGUUUCUUUAACUUCAGAUCUUCAAUCGCCUCGCAGCACCGCCUCGCAGCACCGCCUCGCGUUCGCCGUCUCGCCGUCCCUCGCACACACCAUGGCUCGCAGCAGACGCCCCGCAUCGCGCCCCGCCCCUCGCGCCAUGCCGGCAGCAGCGCCCCGCGCUCCUCCCCCCGCCCCUGUCGCGGCGCCGGCUCCAGCGCCCAUGCAGCAGAGCGGCGGCGGAGGAGGCAUGCUUGGCGGCAUGAUGGGGAUGGUCGGACAAGGGCUGGCGUUCGGCACGGGCAGCGCCAUAGCGCACCGCGCAGUUGACGCCGUGGCAAAUGGCACGGACAUUGCCAAGUGCCAGUUCUACAUUGACAUGCUCAACGACUGCAAGAAGCAGCACGGUUAG